AGUGCACUUGUAACUUGGCUAGUAGUGUCAUGUAUGCGCGCAAGUGGUUCUUCGAGCCUUCGUCGAUGUUUUUCUAAUUGAAACAUUUGUGCAGCGCUAAAUUUGGCGCCUUAUUUUUUAUAAUGGAAUAUAAGCUUCCGUAACAGAUUAUCCUGAAGGAAAAUCAAAGAAAACUGUUCAAUAACUGGCUAUUUAAUUGGAAGACAUCGCUUCGAGCGAUCAAUUUGUACGAACACAGUAGGAUUUUAAAUUAACUGUUCAAAAUUGCUGCCAUGGGUCGCAAAAAAAUACAAAUAUCGAGGAUUACCGACGAACGGAAUCGACAGGUGACAUUCAACAAGCGAAAAUUCGGCGUGAUGAAGAAGGCAUACGAACUUUCGGUGUUGUGCGAUUGCGAGAUCGCGCUAAUAAUAUUCAGUAGCAGCAAUAAGCUGUACCAGUACGCUAGCACAGACAUGGAUAAGGUUCUGCUGAAAUAUACCGAGUACAACGAGCCGCACGAGUCACUCACCAACAAAAAUAUUAUAGAGAAGGAGCAUAAAAACGGAGUGAUGAGUCCUGAAAGCCCGGAGCCGGAAAACGAUUACCAAUUGACGCCACGCACAGAGGCCAAAUAUACCAAAAUUGACGAAGAUUUCCAAAUGAUGCUGCAAAGGAAUCAGAUCAACGGACAAAGGGGCAGCAUGAGCGGAUCGAAUUACUCUCAGCCAGUGUCGGUGCCGGUGAACAUAAGCUACAACGAUUCUGGUCUUCUGCAGUCUAGUCCACAAAUGGCGCACGCCAGUAUUAGUCCGCGGCCGUCGUCGUCGGAAACCGAUUCGGUGUACCCGUCGGGCGGCAUGCUCGAAAUGAGCAACGGCUAUCCGAACUCGGUGUCGCCCAUGGGCGGGCCGCCUUCGCCAGGACCUAGCCCCGGUCCCGGACAGGGCCUCUCCUCCUCAUCGAAAUCUCACUCGAAACAGCAUUCGCCGAUUCCGAGGGCCAACUUGCGAGUCGUCAUACCCACGCCCUUGGGACCAAGUAUUAACCCUGACGAGGUUUCAUACGCUGAAUUUCUGUUGCAGCACAAUCGUACGCAGUCGACCUUAAACACGCCGGUGGUGGCGCUGCAAACGCCGGGCCUGUCCGGCUACCCGGGCUCGCUGUCGUCGUUCGGCGCGCAGGACUUCAGCAUCGGCUCGGACAUGGGCUUGGCCGCGAUGUCGUGGACCAGCCACCAGAUACCGACCUCCCUCACGCACAACACCUCCUGCUUGCCGUCGCACUUGGCGGUAUCGAGCAGCACGCCGCCGCCGUCGUCCAGCUCGCCGAUACCGGUGAAGAUAAAAAGCGAGCCGAUCUCGCCGCCGAGAGACCACCACCCGCACCUGUCGUCGCUGCACGCGCAGCAGCAGCAGCAGCAGCAACAGCAGCAGCAGCAGCACGUUCAGAGUCUGAAUCUAACGCACAGCGGCGGCCCGCGGCCCAGUUCUGCCGGCCAGAUCACGCCGACGCCCGGCUCGGUGACGCCGACCAAUUUGGGCUCGCCGAGCGGCGGCAACGGCGGCGGGCCGCCGUCGAACGGCAGCGCGCACGACUACGAGACCGUGCAGAUGCAUAAACGUCCGCGCAUCCAAGACUGGCAGUCCUAAUGGCGGUGGAUGGACGAUUGGAAGAAGUAAGUAAGAAAGAGGUGUGCAUAGGACACAACAAGUGCCAUAGUGAUACCUACCUAUAGGAUACGUAUAAUCAUUUUUGAUAUGAAUUAGUGAGUGAUGGCGUUUUUUCGUCAUCGUCGUUGUUUUUAUUACGCCAAUUGUCAUCCUUGUGAUAUGAUGAUUACCAAACUUUUUUGAGUCUUGCUGAACAAUAUAAUUAUUCGAACACACAACCUCUAUACCUGCAUACCUAUUGAAGAAGAAAUUAGUUAGGUAGGAAAGGAAAGUAUAGAGAUAUUAAAACAGAAGAAGCGGAAGGAAAGGAAAUAUUCAGAAGAAUAGUUGUGUUUAAUUAGCGCGAGUGCUGUGGUUCCAGUCAGCGACGGCACAUUAUAAAUCAUGAUGUGCUGGCGCCUUUGUUUUGUUCUUAUCAAAAACAAACAUAUAUACAUACAUACAUACAUACAUAGUGCCAUUAUUUUCUUGUAAUUAUUAGUGUCUUUUUUUAUAAAUGUUUUUAGAUAAAUAGUAUAUUAUUUAAUUAAGUAAAGAAUGUACACUUGUUAUAAUAGCGCGACUUGAUUGCAUUGCAGAACAUUUAAUGUUAAUGAUUUAUUAAUUAUUAUGAUUACUCUUAAUUAUUAUUACUAUUAUUAUUAUUCUAUUGUUAUGUAUCGGUGCUUAUUUAUUCGACCUGAUGGAUGGAAUGAACGAUGGAUGUUGGUAGUCUGUCCAUUGGCCGAGGGCUGACCAAACCCGAGUGGAGCAAAAAUCACCGCCACGUACGUAAGCCCGUCGCUACCCCCUCAAUUAAAUGUUAAAUGUACUGCUUCCCCCAUGGAACCUAGGGUGUUCAUUGUUGUAGCCUUUUCAAUUUAUUUGUGAUUUCAGAGUAUAAUUCAUACAUGAUAACGAUAUAUCCAUCUAUUUCUGUAUAUUGAACUACAUACACAAAGAAACAAAUUAUAUAAAUAUACAUGAUAUAUAUAUUAUAUAAAUAUAUUUUAUCUACUGUUGUGUGCACAAACCUAGCACAUAGUUUUGAAUGAUAAUUAUUAAAUGUUAAUAUGUCUGUGUGGACGACCCAACCUAUCUCCACCGAACUACUGUACAGUACGUAGGAUUGCCUUACUCACAGUGCCUCGACAGUAUGUACCUACCCCGACACGAGCCUAUAUUUUUACACACAUCGACAUUAUAUAGUGACACUUUUACCAUGUUUUCUUUCUCUUUUCUUUGUUGAUUUUUAGCUUUUUCAAGAUUUAAUCUAACGCGCAUGCUUAGUUAUUCUAAGCCAUGCGCACUAUAGCUGUUUUUAAAUCAUAUACAUUUAUAUACGUUAAAGGAUAGAAAUUUUGAAUGAUGUUAUACUGUUAUUAUACUUGGGUAUCAUAGGGUAAUAUAUACAUUGAAAGAAAAGCUGGUAAUUGUAUGUGCGUAGGUAUUUUGAAAUGAGACGAUGCGUGAAAAGAAUAUAGGUGAAAGUCGCCUGUAGGUACAUAACUUAUUGUCUAAUCUAGUAGUACAGUAGGUACACUUACAACUUCUCGAUGUUGCAUCGUGUCGUAUCGUAAAAUAAUGAAGAAAAGAUUUAAAUUGAUCGUAACGUAUCGGUACAUUUUCGACGAUUAUUCACAGGGUAUUGCGCCAUUCUACACUCCUACACUCUCUUACCUGUUUGUUGGUGCUGUUUGUCGGUCCGUAAGUCAGUCAGACAGAUACCGCUGCUUGUGCCUUCUUGUUAACCUGAUAUGUACCUAGAACCUAGACCUAGACAUAGUCAACAACCUUUCCAGAUAAAACCUAAAAAUGGCUUCCGUGUCAUAGCACCACUUCUCCUCCUUCAAUGUCUGCUGUCUCUUCUAUGUUUAUUUCAAUUCUUCAAAUCGACAUUCUUCUACUUAAUUUUUUAUUUAGUCAUGCGGUCAUUUAAUUAUCAAAUAACAUGAAACGUGAAAUGACGUUCACUUUCCCCAAACAAACAUUUAAAUACCACCAUAUUAAUACCGGAUACCAGAUUUUAUUUAGUUGUUUUAUUUUUAAGUGAAAUUCUCCUUUAAAUUGCUUUUCUUAAAUGGACGAAAUAGUCAGCCACUACAUGUACAUAAUAUUUUAUUUUUCUAGCUUUAAGCUAAUUUAAUGUUACUAAAUGAAAAUUGACAUACAUAUAUAAAUAUAUAUAACUCGAUUUAAUCAUAUCAUGGUAUGGCACAUUUAUUACGUCCAUUUGACUAAGGAAUUAUUCAAUCAUGUGCAAUAUUAAUAUGACGUUUUAUUUAUCUAUGAUGUAUUGAAUUUAAACCAAAU